AUGCCAGCCACCAACAACGUCUGGCACGCCCACCAACGCGCGACCCUCCACACCGAAACCGACCCCAAUAAGAAGUACACCUACCUCGCCGAGACUACCCCCCACCUCGCCACAAUCCUCAGCUUCCCCUCACACUGCUCCACCUUUCCCUCCCUGUACGACCGCACCUGCAGCGAAAUCGUCGAUCUCGCCGGGACCAUCGCCGCCUUCGAGCCAGUGCGCCUGCACGUCCGGCCCGAGAACCAGGGGCGCGCACAGGAGCUUGUCGACCAGCGCAUGGCGUCCGCACCGCCCGAGCACAAGGCCCGCAUUAGCCUGAUCCCCGCCCCCACGAAUCACAUCUGGGUCCGGGAUACGGGCCCUGUGUAUGUGCGCGGCGCCGAGGAUGGCAAGCGGUAUGCGAUUGACUUCCGGUUCUGCGAGUGGGGGAACAAGCUCGGGGAGCAGAUCUAUACUGGCAUUCCGUCUCAGGCUGCUGCGUUGAAGGCGGAGAUCGAGUCGACAGAAGACUGGCCGAUCAUGGACGAGGAGGUGCGGAAAGAGAAUACCGCGUUUGCGCAGCGUGUGCUGGAAAUUGAGAACGCGACGUACCCGGAUAACCCCGUGGCGCGGGUCGUGUCGGGUGUCCGGCUUGAAGGCGGCGGCAUUGAGAUGGAUGGCGAGGGGACGUUCAUGGCGAUGGAGAGUAGCGUGACGGUGCCCUCGCGCAACGAGGGGCUCUCCCGUGACUGCAUCGAGGCUGAAUUGAGCCGCCUGCUCGGCAUCAAGAAGUUUAUCUGGAUUCCCGGUCGCGAAGGCUUGGAUAUUACCGACUACCACAUCGACGCCGAGGCACGCUUCAUCCGCCCUGGUGUCGUGGUGGUGGGCAGGCCGCAUCCAAAAUGCGACCAGGUCUUUUGGGACGUGUAUAACGAGAUGCGCGCGAUCCUGGAUACCGCGACCGACGCCCAGGGCCGCCAGUUGCAAGUCUACGAUAUCGAGGAGCCAGAUCCAGACCUGGUGAAGGGCGAUGUGCCGGGUGAGGAGGUAGCUCCCGCGGCGUCAUACGUGAACUUCUAUUUCACGAAUGGUGGACUAGUGGUUCCUGCAUUCGGUGACGCAGUGACGGAUGCGAAGGCACUGGAGACGUUGACGAGGUUGGUUCCUGAGCGACAGGUUCGCCAGGUGGCAGUCAAUGCGCUCCCCCGGACUGGAGGUGUGCUGCACUGUACGACGCAGCAGGUGCUGUGA